AUGUCGUCCACCAGUUUGGUGCGUCCCGGGCUGACGACGCCGUUCUCGAAACAGCUGGCCCAGAUCAGGGUACGCCUGCGGAAGAAAGUGUCCGUUCUUUCGGCCAACGACGUUCGUCGAGCGCGCAUCCCGUACUACGAAGCCAUCGCCAGUGAGCUGUACGAAGAAGACUACGCAAACGCCGCAUUCUUGGUGCUGAAUCUGAUCAAGUUCGAGGACCAGCACGUAUGGCCAACAUCGGACCUGUCGGUCGAGUGUCGCAGGCUGUGCUACUCCAGCAGACUCCUAGACUACCUCCGGACGGCACUGGCGAGCAUCGAAAGCCUAAAGGAACGAGCGCAGUACGAACAGGAAGUGCUGGAGCUGCUGGCCGUGGCCCGAAAAUUUGCGUCGGACCCGGAAAAGCACUGGCUGGCACAUCAGUUCUUUUUGAUAACGCUCGAACGAAACUCGGACUGUGCGCCAGCGUGCCGCCUGAGAACGGAAGCCACGGUGCGCUACUACUAUGCCACGUUUUUGAUGGUACAACGAAAAGAAAUAGAAGCCAUGAAGCAACUCCAGCAGGCCGAUGAGGCUGUUUCAAAGGCCAUCUUCGAGGGGUAUCCUGUUGGGGCCACGUUGGACUCGAGUGGCGAAAGUCUGGACGUUGCCAUCAACGCGCUACUGUAUCGUGUUAACCACAACGCGGCAGAAGACUGCAAGGAGUCACCGAUGUGGAUGCGUGGCCAGUACAUCCGAGACGCCCACCAGGCAGCUCUGAAGACUCAGAAGGCGACGAUUAUGUCGGAGUCGUACAUCGACUACGGACACUUCGUGUUCACCGAGGGUCACUAUCCGGAGGCGUUGACGCUGUACAAAACCGCUGCCCGGCAGGCCGAACUCGACGGUAGCCGGCCGGAUCUGCUGUGUAAGGCGCUCAUCGCUCAGGCAUCCACCUAUCACCGUCUCCGGGAAGGCGCAAAGUGUGCGACGAUGUUUCAGCUCGUGGAUCGAAUGACCAGCCGGGAUGAGUUAUCGCUCUGCCGAGCGUCAUACCUCCACGUCGCGGCCACCAUUGAGCUGGAGGAAGGCGGAGCGGAUUGCGAACCGCAAUCCACCGAACGGCUGUCGGCAAAGUUACGCCAAGCCGCCAACAUCUACCAGCACUUUCGGCAGCCCGAUAAGAUGAUAGCGGUCCGCUGCCUAGAGGGACUGGUCCGGGCGGGUGCUCAGUUCGCCGCGUACGUCAACCUGAUUCCGGACGCCGUUAGCGCUUCCGAUGGCGCCCUUUACCGGAUGAUCGAUUGGCUUGACGAGGCUCGACGAACAGCUCCAUGA